AUGUCGCUUGAAACCACAGCGCCGGACGUCUCGCGGGUUGAGCGCCAUGGUUACCUUUUCGGCCAUCCUAUCGCGCAUUCCAUGUCGCCGCUACUCCACCAAACAGUAUACGACAACUUGGGAUUGAACUGGUCGCAAAUACCAUUUGAUUCGACCGAUAUGAACCUAUUUCUCCAACUUAUACAGAAUCCAUCGUUCUACGGCGCAUCAGUAACCAUGCCUCACAAAGUCGCGAUUCUCAAGCAUCUCGACGCUCUGACACCAGAAGGCAGAGACGUGGGUGCAGUUAACACACUGUUCGUACGAGAAGAUGCCACUGGCAAGCGGCUGUUCAUGGGCACGAAUACAGAUGUCAUUGGAAUUCGAGAAUCUUUUCUUCGCAACGCAAAACCCGAGAGUUUUCAGAAUCGACCGGCGUUGGUGAUUGGUGGAGGCGGUGCGGCGAGGAGUGCAGUUUAUGCUCUGCGGAAGUGGUUGAAUGUUGGCACAAUAUAUCUUGUAAAUCGAGACGCUGAGGAAGUCCGCGCCGUACUCGACGAAUGCACAGCCCGAGGCUACGGCAACUCAUUACUGCACGUAUCGACCGAAGCACAAGCAGAGCAAUUAGAAGGUGUCGGCGCGAUCGUCGCAUGCGUACCAAACUUCACACCAAAAACAAACCAAGAGCAAGAAGCGCGGAAAGUACUGGAGGUGUUCUUGAAAAGCAAGAGCCAUAAGGGUGCGAUACUAGAAAUGUGCUAUCACCCCACACCAUACACUGAGAUAGCGGAGAUCAGUCGGCAAGCGGGAUGGCAGGUCAUUCUAGGGACUGAGGCCUUGAUAUAUCAAGGUUUGGAGCAAGACCGCUAUUGGACAGGAAAGGAGACUGCUGAGCUGCCUGUCGGGCAGGUCCAAGAAGUAAUUGCUGCGAAGCUGAGUGAAGCGAAAUUGUAG